ACAACAGAAAUACUUCAAGAUAGCAUUAAAGUAUCCAGCGGAAAAUCUUAUUCUGGUCCGGAGGUCCCCCCCACGGUUGGACAAUCUUCGACAACAUCUGGCGCUGGAAUAUCACCAGCUCAAAUGCAGACAAUCUUGAAGGAAAUAAAGAAAAUUGAAGACAAUAUUACCAAUAAGCUCGGAAAGAUGUUUUCAAAAGAAUUAGAAAAACAAUGCAUGUUUUUUUUUUUGAAUCAAUGGAUAAAAAUUCAAAAGAUUGAAGAAGAGCGCAUAGCUCAUCAGGCUGCAGAAACUUCGCGCCAAGAAGCAAUUCUUAAGAUAGUAUCUCAGACUCUCAGCACCAAUACGACUAAAUUAUUGGAAUCAACGAUCCGUAACGAAGUUCAAACUUCCGUUUUACCGACAUUAAGCAAGAUGGUCACUAAUGCUGUUGACAAGCAUGCUCAUAAAGGAAUGGUUGAUGCUGUGAAUAAGAAUAUUCCAGCUGCUAUUGAAAAAUCUGUAGCUGAUAAUGUACAGCGUGUUCUUGCAAAAACUCCAGUUAUAGAAUCAAUUGCUAAAGGUGUCUCCAAGGCUAUUAGGCCGGUUAUCGAAGAAACAUUCAGAGAAAAUUUUACAACUGUACUCAUUCCGUCUUAUCAAAAAGCUACCAAUGCUAUGUUUGAGCAGAUAACUACUACUUUUGAGGCUGGUCUACAAGACAUUGCUCACAAGAGUGCACAAGUUUCCUCAUAUUCAAAUAUGGGAAACGUUAAUGAUCAGAAUGCUUUGGCACGUUUGCAGGCCUCUUUAGAGCAUCUGACUCUGUCCGUACAACAGCUUCAGCAAUUACAUCUGCAAGUUAAUCCACAAUCAAAUCUUCCGAGACAUGUUGAGCAGCAAGUAAAUCGUACAUCUGACGAAUUACAACAUCACCUAGCUCGGUCACUUUCGGAGACAACUGGCCUGGAAGAUUCUAAUAACUCUGUUAUAGAAAGAGCAUUAGAGGCUCAGAAUUAUGAAGAUGCAUUUGUAACGGUCCUUGCGUCACACGAGCUACCUUUAAUUUUACGCCUUUGCAGUAAUGUUAGUCCGAAAACAGUAUUUCCACCUGCGAGACCUUUACUUUCACAGCCCGUAAUUCUUUCGCUUAUUCACCACCUUUCUUUGGAAUUAAAUAAAUAUUCUGAACUAAAACUUGCAUGGAUGGAGGAGGCAGUUAUUAAACUUAAUCCAAAGGACCUUAUAAUUCGAGAACAUUGUGAAAGGCUUUUACCGAUGGUGAAACAACGACUAGAACAAUAUUAUUAUCAAGUCGCCUCUCAAGAUCCACAAAGUCCUAAUCUGAAAAAUAUAUCACUUCUAGUUCAUGUUGUCAAUG